GGAAAGCAAAGAUAUGAUCCCUUUUGUGCUGAAUACUCUGCAAGACUAGCAAAAACCACCAAAAGCGCAGCCCAACAUAAGCGUGAACAGCUUGCUUAAUACUUUAAGGCACAUUGGCGACACACAAAGAACGUAUUAAUACUCUGUAACGUUGCCUACAGCUCUACCAUGUAACCUUUAUGCUUUAAGUUGCAGCCUAGGCUGCACUACAACAGCUGGCUGUUGCCAUAGCAUUAGGAGUGCCCGAUGGCUCGCUAUGACGCAAAGGCGGACUUUAAGGUUCAUGAGAUUAAAACUAUUGGCAAACCCCGUGAUAAUGAGGCGAAGGAGCUGCUGGCGAAAAUUGCCUACCAGGUGCAGCCCCUCAUGCGGCGCCGCGAGUGGCGGGUACCGCUGCUGUCCGAGUUCUUUCCGGCCAACCCCAACCUGCUGGGGCUCAACAUCGGCGGGGGCGGCGGCCGCACCCGGGAGAUUAAGGUACGGCUGCGUCCCGCUCGAGAUCCGGAUUCCUUCCUGCCGUACGAGUCGCUGCUGGGAACCAUGCUGCAUGAGCUGGUGCACAACGUGAGGGGGCCGCAUGACCGCUCCUUCUACUCCCUUUUGGACGAGCUGAGCGGCGAGUGCGAGGAGCUGCUGGCGGCGGGGGUGGGCGGCACAGGGGUGGGCUUCGACGGGCCCUCCUGCGGCCGACUGGGG